AUGAAAGGGAUGCUAGGAGAAACGCAGCAGCAAAAGCAACCGCAGCAGCAGCAGCAGCAACAGCAGCAGCAGCAAACGCUGGAUCCCUCUCCAUACCCGUUUCCUGCAGCAGCUGACUCCCCUUCAACCACCACUGCUGCUGCUGCUGCUGCUGCUCCUGCUGCUGCUCCUGCUGCUGCUACUCUUGAUGCUGCAGCAACAGAGCAAAGUGCAUCCACAAAGAUAACAGCAGCAGCAGAUAUGCCGCCGUCCUAUGGAGGGGCUGCUGAGGAAGCAAACGAGCCAGCAGCAGCAGCAGCAGCAGCAGCAGAAGCAGAAGCAGAAGCAGCAGCAGCAGCAGCAGCACAUUCUUCCCCAGCAGCAGAUUCAGAUGAUCUAGCUGAAGCUGUCCCUGCGCUUAUCGAGCAGCAGCAGCAGCAACAGCAACGACUGCAGCAGCAGCAGCAGCAGCAGCAGCGUAUGCAGAGGUCUGGGAGGCAGCAGUUUCUGCUGCUGCCUGAAGACUGGAAUCACUACCAUCAGCAGCAGCUGCAGCAGCAGCAGCAGCAGCAGUUGCUGCUGAUGCUGCAGCACGACGACAUUCGUGCUGCUGCAGCACAUGAGGCUGUUGGUUCUUCUUUUGUUGCAUCAGCAGCGCCAUCAACAGCAGCAGCAACAGCAGCAACAGCAGCAGCAGCAGCAGCAGCAAUAGAACAUACAUCUCCUCUAUAUAAACCCUUGCUGCUGUCUUCUCUCAGCCUCGAGCUGCCGCUGCUGCUGCUGCACUCUGCUGCAUUUCUGCUGCUGUGGACCAUCGCCAAUAAACUGCUGGUGCUGCUGCUACUGGGGAAGCUAAGCCCUAAGAGGACCGCAGCAGCAGCAGCAGCAGCGAAAUAUGCUGCAGGAACUGCAGCAACAGAUGCAGCAGCAACGACUGCAGCAGCAACAACUGCAGCAGCAACGACUGCAGCAGCAACGACUGCAGCAGCAACGACUGCAGCAGCAACGACUGCAGCAACAAAUGCAGCAGCAACAAAUGCAGCAGCAAGAACUGCAGCAGCAUUUGCUGCAGCAACAGCGAAGUUUGCUGUUGGCGAUAUUUGGUGA